CGCCUCUGGCAAGAAACCCGCAGCGUACAAAGGGAAUGAAAAACUCGUCUAAACGGAAACCGGUGUCCGCGCGAUGCUCCGCCGUUCGCGACAUGCAACGAACUGUCAUCAAUACGCGAACAAUGCCGUCACAUUUUCGCGACCAGUAAACGCUCACCUGUCAUUUGUGGAUUCAUUCGGGUGCCUGGGCACACCUGGAGUCGUCGCGCGCACAGUAUAUUUUUAAUUCUCCUGUACAGUACGGUCAAACAAACUACAACCCUAUUCAUUGACUAGAACGCCGAAUCGAACACGACAUUAGCGCUGUUAUUAACACACGUGUGUGGUUGUUUGUGCGUUUUUGCGAAGUCUCUACAGAAUUAUCAGUAAACUGGUUACAGAACGAAGAAAAAAAAGAAGAAAAAGAAGAAGAAUAUAUAGUGAAGCAUUCGACUGAUAGAUUCAAUCGAUAUUCGGAAAUUAAUAUCGUAAUUUAGAGACAUACAGAAACCUGUGUUUGCGGAUUUUAGACAUAAUUAUUGGUCAUUAGGAAGAAGAAGAAAACAAUAUUGAAGAGACAGAAAAUAGAUACAGACAGUUAUGGCGCUGGAAGGAUUCUUUAUCUAUAUUUCUAACAAGCUGGAAUCUAUCAGAUUUGGACACACGAAAACGAAGUAUAAAAUAAUUGACCUCCAAGAGUUGAAAAGUGUCGCGUUGUGGCGAGCGGUGUUUGCCGAAUUUUUGGCAUCGAUUUUGUUUGUCUACCUUGGUGCCCAGUCUGCGGUGGGAAGAGGCGUCGUGGGGAACACUCCAGACAAUGCCGAUAUAAUACGGAUUUCCUUUUCCUUUGGCCUGGCCAUCAUGGCGCUCAUUCAGUGCGUUGGUCACGUGUCCGGCGGCCAUAUUAACCCGGCUGUCAGCAUAGCAAUGGCGGUUUCCAUGAAUAUCUCCAUCCUCAAGUGUAUUUUGUAUUGUGCUGCUCAGACAGUCGGCUGUAUCAUAGGCGCAUUUAUAUUAAAAGGGCUGACCCCGGUAGCUAGCCAUGACAACCUGGGAAUGACCUUGCUCAACGAUGCGCUGAAACCAGCUCAAGGUUUCGGCGUGGAACUUCUUCUGACCUUCACCUUGUGCACUGUGAUAUUCGGCACCACCGACCCCAACCGAGCGAGUUUCGGCAGCCCCGCCGUGCUGAUCGGCCUGACCGUGGCCCUCGACCAUUUCUCAGGGAUCCAGUACACUGGCGCCAGUAUGAACCCUUCACGAUCUCUUGCCACAGCAUUGGCAUCUACGUCAGAACGAGCUUUUGAACACCACUGGAUCUACUGGGCUGGACCAAUCGCCGGUGCCGUACUGUCAGCACUGGUUUACAAGCUUGUCAUCUCCCCAUACAAGGGAAUUGCCACAGUUGAGUCGGCCGUCGAAACCAUGCUUCAAGACCAAAACAUGAUCGCCAUUCCACGUGACUACUUCAAGGAUGCAAAAUCGGCCAAGGUCAAUGAAAUGAAUGCGUCAUCCAACCUCUAAACUGACAUCACAAUCACAUCAACUAUGACGUCAUGACACUACAUCGAAUGACGUUACAUCGGAUGAAAAUACAAUUCCGCCAAUCGCAAACAUUCGGAUGUGUUCGGAAACUAUCAAAUGACUAAUUACUCAGAUAUAUGUUCAGGAGGCAGAGCACUCGCAGUCUUUCACUAGACUGGUUUUUGCGCUUAACGUUAAAUGAAUACAAUAGAAUGAAAAACCAGUCAAACUGUUCGCGAGCGCUUUCCCUCCUGAACGCGCAAUGAUAAAUUCUUAUCAAAGUUGUGCAUUUUCUUUGAAGAUUUGUUUACUACGCAUCAGUAAAUUUUCUUCUUUUUUCUUCUUUUUUUACAUACCUAAAUCCCCCCCCCCAAAAAAAAAAAAGAAAAAAAAAAAAAGAAUCCCAACAAAGAACUAGGUCAUGUAAACAGACAAUGCAGAUAAUUGGAACGUAUCAGGUUUGAGAGUGGGUGCGGGGCCACAAUCUCUAGUAAGGGGGCACAUUUGUAUGCUUGUUUAUAUAGCUUAGAACCUCCCCCAACCCCACCCCCCACCCACCAACAACCGUACAUUAGCGACCUCAAGUAAUUUACAGCCCCCCCCCCCCCCCCCCCCCCCCCCCGGGUUCCGACGGGCCUGGCGACGGCACGAAAUUCGUGAUACAACUGAGUCACUGACUAUAAAAAGACCCAUGAAACAUGACAAAUAUGCGUCAUGUAACGGAUGAAUGGAUCUUUAACCAUAUGACGCGAGUUAUGUCUGUAAACCCUAAAGUCGGCGCCGCACGAUACUAUUGAAAUAGUAAAUUUUGUGUUGGCAAUCUGCUAUUGUCAUACGAUGCACUCGUAUUGUGUGGCGUCGCCGUAAGACCAAAACAGAAUACCAGAUCAUCUCUGACAUAUUACUGACAACUAUAUCCGGUUUACAAGUUAUUACAGGUAAACGGCCUUGGGGGAAAACACACACCAAUACACACACACACACACACACACACACACACAAAACCCCGCCCCAAAAUAGACAUAUACAAUAUACCGGGGAAUACAACAAACAUAUUUUAUGGACUAUUAAGAAAACCAGUUUGGGGUGUUUUCGUCAGGAACACCAUUAAGAAAACCAGUUUGGGGUGUUUUCGUCAGGAACAAGAAACAGGUUGUGUGUGUGCAUGUGUGUGUGGGUGGGGGAGGGGUCGGGAUGUAAAAAUGGGAUCGGUGUAGUUUUUGGAAGCAGAAAUCAAGGGCGGAUUUAGUGAGGCUGCCAACCCAUACCGUAUCUCUCCGAACCCUGUGUUUUGCUGUUGAACUGCACUUAAAGGGGGUCUUAUCGUGACCAGGCGGGGGGGGGGGGGGGGGGGGGGGGGGGGGGGGGGGAGAGGGAGAGGUCUUAGAAAGGCAUGCCCCCUUGUUUUCCCCUGAUGUCCGAAAAAUAAAUAAAAGCCUAUUGAAACACCUACCAUGCCCCUUCGCCACCACCUCAACAAAUCCCUGGAUCCGCGCCUGAUGAUAGCAUUAGAUAUGUUUUUAACAGACAAAAUUUUCACGGGCGGAUACAGGGAUGGAUAUAGAAGUGCGCAUGCCCCAUUUUGUCUUGACGACAAUGUGAGGUUUUUGUUAAAGCGCGUACCCACUAUUAACUAAACAUUUCUGACAAGUAAUUUCGUUACGAACACAUUCAAAUGGAAUCUUUGCACAAUGCCACAAUGUUCAUUACAAUGUCAUAUUACUAUAUACAUAUAAUUAUAAACUAUCUUGAACGUUAGUUGUUUAUACAUAACCUCUUACCAUGUAUAUAUUUUGAAAAGUAUCAUGUUUUUCAAACGUUGAACAUAUACAUAUUCAGGGAUAUGUACAUAGCGUUGGUUUUAUGUGUGAACAUGUCAUUUUUGUAUAUACACUGAAUCUCCUCUAAAGCGGACACCCUCUGGACCAAGAAAAAGGUCAUGUUUUAAGAGGUGUCCGGUUCAGAGAGGUUCUCUAAUGUACAGAUAUUUAAAAAAGUACCCAUGAAAAACGUCCGGUUUUGAGGGCUUCCGGUUCACAUAGGGUCCGGUUUUAAGAGGUUUCACUGUAAUACCAUAAUUUGUACUUGACCGAAGCAGAAAACAAUAUUUUUUAUGCAAAUGAUCGUUCUGUUCGUGUGUCGGUUAAGCAUAUUAAAGCGAACCGCCGAUCGGUUGCGUGGUAAACCGUUAAAUCCUUUGAAUAUUACUUUACCGAGUAUCAGAUAAACUCUUCUUUAAUGAAACGCAAUGAGAUAUUUUUAUUUUAUAUUUUAUUUUGCUUGAACGUACAGUACCAGCUGGAAAUAUUGUCAUUAAAAUGUAACGUCUCAAGCAAGUCGGAGUAAAUUGAAUAGUCUACGCAAAUAGAAGAAUUCACGUAACCGAACACUUGGUUACCUAGGUAUAAGUCACGUGAACAAACAUGCGGUUACCUGAGUGUUUGAACUGUUGUCCACUAUAAUCAUAGUAUUUUUAAUAAGUAUGAAUACACCAUUAAUAUACUUGCUUAAUGUGUGUCAUAUGCUAUUUCUGUAAGAAAAUAUUUUGUGAAAUAUCCAUUGCAUUAUGUAUACCUCUCAGUACAGUUCUGGGUCAUAUAUGUAUUUGUUUAACAUUAAACAACACAUGCCCUAAA